AUGGGGCGGCGGAGACGUCCGCUGCCUCUACGUGCUUCUGUGAACCCCGCACCGCAAGGGCAGCACGCGCUUCCUUAUAACCGUGAGACGCCUAUUAUUCCAGCGCAACGUAUAUGGUGGAAACGCCUUACCCAGGCUGCAGUCCGGCACUUCUCUCAGGACUGGUCAAAGGACUGCCCCUUCCGCGGUAUUCUCCUUCCUUCUACUGAGGCUGACGGCUGGUGCUGUCGGCGUGGCCGCAGACGCUCACCUCACUUACCACCGUUCACGCCAGCCGUUCAGUCUCUCCUGGACCAGUAUCAAGGCCGUCUGUCUUCUAUGAGCCGUCGGCUAAACGACCUGUUUGCUUUCUCCGCCAUCGGCACCACUGGGCAAUUCGUUUGUUUUAAAGGUCAGGCGAACGUCGUCUUAGAAGGCCGUAUCUACCACCGUUUGCUGGACGUCGCGGAUACAGGCCACAGCAUACACCGGUUUCUUUAUAAUGAGUCCGAACGAGGUCUACGGGCAAGGGACCAUAACGUCCCUAGUAACAUUCUACAUGGGAUACGCGAUUUUCUCAGUUUGGUUAACCCCUAUGUACGGACCUUGCGGCACACCAUUAAUCAGGUACCAGACCAAACCGUCGCCAUUGCUGUUGCCCUGUCCAUCCUGCCUGCGGGUGGUGAGCUCGCUGCAGUCAUCAAUACGGAAAAUCUCCGCCAGGUAGCGCCGCGACAGUCGUCUGUUACAGAAGAGGUGGCCAGCAGCCACGCUUCGUUCCCACCCUAUCUUCCCAAUACGAGCCACUACAAUAUCCACUCCUCUUUCCACAUUGCACGCAAGAUCCAAUGGUACCGUCACCUAUUCCUGAGCGAGCCACGCAUGCUGCUCUUUGGCCGUUUAGCGUGUGAGUAUGUUGUGGACAUGUUCUCCCGGACGGAGGAGCGCCUACACUAUCUCAAACGGGGCCGACGCAUACAAGCUGCAGCUAUGGAUAAAGCUCCGAAUCCUGACAUCCCCAAUCUCUUCAAGAAUAAAAUCCCUGCUGGUUUCAUGGGGUCCUGGGCCUGGACUUCGGACCAGGUGGCCGACUCCCUCGCGAUCGCGUGA